AUGAUAUUAUGUGAUAUCUUUUUCCUUUUUUUACAGACAUUUGUUGUGAUUGCCAAAAGAUUUAAAAAGAAGUUCAUCUACCGAUUUUCAUCUACCAGUGCAUUUUUCCUCCUUCCUCCAUGGAAUCCAUUACGACAGUUAGCUGUUCGGAUAGCUACCAACCAAUUUUUUGAUUAUUUUGUUAUAUUAACAAUUAUUGUUAACUGUGUUUUUAUGACUAUGCCUGAUCUCCAAAUCACUGAAACUUUAGAGUAUAUAUUUCUUGCUAUUUAUGUAGUAGAAAUGUUGAUUAAAGUAACAGCUAGAGGAUUUAUUAUUGAUAAAUAUACCUAUUUACGUGAUGGAUGGAAUUGGUUGGAUUUUAUUGUAAUUGUUUUAGCGUUUGUAACAAUUUUAAUUCAGUUGAUAUAUCCAGAUUUAUCAAUUGGUAACCUUCAAGUUUUACGAACAUUCCGAGUUUUAAGAGCUUUAAAAACUGUUUCCAUUGUACCUGGGUUAAAAACUAUUGUCAAUGCCUUACUAAGAGCUUUCAAGAUGUUGAUAGAUGUCAUUAUGUUGACAUUUUUCUGUUUGAUGGUGUUUGCCUUAUUUGGAUUACAAGUAUACCAGGGUGUUUUACGGCAUAAAUGUGUUUCUGAUUUACCAUUUGAUCCUAAUACCACCACACCAGAGACCUACGAUACUCUGUAUGCCAAUCAUAUCAGGAACAUCAGUAAUUGGUAUGGUGAACCCAAUGAUUAUAUGUUAUGUGGUAAUACAUCUGGUGCUGGAGGAUGUCCUGAAAACUUCACCUGUCUCCCUGAUAUUGGUGAUAAUCCCAAUUAUGGAUAUACAAACUAUGAUAAUUUUGGCUGGGCAAUACUAAAUGCAUUUCAACUGAUUACACUUGACUUUUGGGAAGAUAACUAUGAUAAGGUAAUAAGAGCCAGUGGACCAUGGAAUGUUGUGUUUUUUAUUCUGGUAGUAUUUUUUGGAUCAUUUUACCUAAUCAACCUAAUGUUAGCUGUAGUAGCUCUAUCCUAUGAAGAGGAAGCAGAAAAUGCUGGCAAGGUAAACACAAUGUACACUAAUGAAAAAGAGGCUUUUUUAAAACAUCAAGAUAGUCGUCAGAGUUUACAUGAUGCUAUGAGCUAUGAUGGACAACUGGUAGACAGAAACUGUAACAUUUGUAGCUCCUGUUGUCGAUGUUUUGUCCCAUGGAUCAAAUUUCAGAACAUAAUUCACAGAUUUAUCACUGACCCUCUAUUAGAUUUAUUUAUAACUCUAUGUAUAUUGAUGAAUACUAUUAUAAUGGCGUGUGAAAGUCAUGAAAUGUCCGAAACCACCCAGGAAACCAUCAGAAUCUCAAAUUAUGUUUUUACGUCUGUAUUUACAUUAGAGGCUAUUUUAAAAAUUAUAGCCUUAUCAAAGUAUUAUUUUGCCUCUGGUUGGAAUAUAUUUGAUUUUGUUAUUGUAUUAGCCAGUUUAAUAGAUUUAGGAUUAGAAGAUAUUGAUGGUCUUUCUGUCUUCAGAACAUUUCGAUUGUUAAGAGUGUUCCGGUUAGCUCAGUCUUGGUCUACCAUGAGGAUUUUAAUAUCUAUUAUUGUCAAUACAUUUGGUGCACUGGGUAAUCUUACUGUAGUCUUGUUUAUCAUUAUAUAUAUCUUUGCUGUAACUGGAUUACAACUGUUCAAUAGGAGUUAUACUGCUGAUAAAUUUAGUCCUGAUGGAAUUCCGAGGUGGAAUUUUAGUUCGUUUUUCCAUGCUGCUAUGAUGAUAUUUCGUGUAUUAUGUGGAGAAUGGAUUGAGCCUCUGUAUGAUUGUAUGAGAGCAGAAGAUGAACUGUGUAUGUUGGUGUUUUUACCAGCUCUAGUACUAGGUAACUUUAUGGUACUGAAUCUGUUUUUGGCCUUGUUACUCAAUGCAUUUGCGACAGACUCACUAAAUAAACAUAAAGAAUCCAAUAAAGAUGAUACAUCAAGGUUUAAAUUGGCGUUUCAUAGAAUUAAACACCUGUGUUGUUGUUGUUUACCUGGUAAUAGUAAUGUGGUAAAACCAGAUGAACGUGGUGAAGAGGAUGUUAUUGGUCAAUUUGAGACGUCAGAAAAAAGAGAUAAGUUUGCUGAUUUUGGUAAAGCCUUAGAUGGAAUGAAGAAAGAGGUAGAUUUAGAGAAAGGAGAAAAGAAAGAUGAUGGAGAUAAAGAUGUAGAUGGUCUUGAAUUAGGUGAUACAGCUGAGGAUCACAAAGAAGGUGAAGAACCUCCAGAACUGCGAGAUUGUCUGCCAUUGUGUUGUACUAAAGGAAUAUCUUGUAGUAAAAGUUUUGAUCCAAGCACACCAUUUGGUAAAUUUUGGAAGAGAAUGAGAGAAGCAUGUUCUAAGAUUGUGGAUAACAAGAUAUUUGAAUAUGGAAUAUUAUUUGUUAUAUUUGCUAGCAGCGUCACUUUGGCGUUUGAAGAUGUGCACCUAGAAGAAAACCAGGAAUUAAAACUGGCUCUGUAUUAUCUCAAUAUUAUAUUUUGUGUGAUAUUUGUUGCUGAGAUGUUGUUUAAAUGGUUUGCUUAUGGUUUAUGGAAAUAUUUCACCAAUUUCUGGACACUGUUAGAUUUUCUGAUUGUCUGUAUAUCUGUAGCUAGUUUGAUAGCUGAGUCAUUAGGAAUCAGUAAUUUAACAGCUUUUAGAUCCUUACGAACAUUGAGAGCUUUACGUCCACUCAGAGCUAUCUCACGAUUACAAAGUAUGAGGAUUGUGGUAAAUGCGUUAAUGAGAGCUAUACCUGCUAUAUUUAAUGUCUUUAUUGUGUGUAUGGUGUUUUGGUUGAUAUUCAGUAUAAUGGGUGUUCAAUUCUUUGCUGGCAAGUUCUAUAAAUGUGUUGAUGGAAAUGGUGAAAUCCUGUUGAACACAGUAGUUCCAAAUAAAACAGAAUGUCUAAGAAACAGUAACUAUAAGUGGAAAAAUUCCAAUGUUAACUUUGAUAAUGUUUUACAAGGUUAUCUAGCUCUAUUUCAAGUGGCAACCUUUGAAGGCUGGAUGGAAGUCAUGAGAGAUGCUAUAGAUUCAACAGAGGUGGAUGUGCAACCAAAGUUUGAAAAUAAUAUUUAUUAUUAUUUAUAUUUUGUGGCGUUUAUUAUUUUUGGAUCGUUUUUCACUCUAAAUCUGAUUAUUGGUGUUAUUAUUGAUAAUUUUAAUGUUUUAAAGAAAAAGUAUGAUGGAAGUUAUCUAGAUAUGUUUUUAACACCAAAUCAACGGAAUUAUUAUAAUACUCUGAAAAAAUUAGGAAAUAAGAAACCUCAGAAAACUAUCAAGAGACCUAAGACCAAGUUCCAGGGGUUUUUCUUUGAUAUAGCCACAAGUAACAAGUUUGAGUUAUCUAUAAUAGUGAUUAUAUUUUUAAAUAUGAUAACAUUAGCUAUAGAAUCUUAUAAACAAUCUGAUACUAUUAGAGAUGCAUUAAAAAUUCUCAACAUUAUCUUUACUGUGAUAUUUAUAUUGGAAUGUAUGAUCAAAUUGAUUGGAAUGAGAUGGCACUAUUUCAGACAAUUCUGGAAUGUCUUUGAUUUUAUUAUUGUCCUACUUUCAGUGACAGGUUUGAUAUUGGAUGACCUUCUAGCUGGGGUGUUUGUGACACCAACGUUACUGCGUGUGGGGCGUGUUUUUAGAAUAGGCCGUGUGUUACGUUUAAUCAAAGCUGCUAAAGGAUUACGAAAAUUGUUGUUUGCGUUAAUUAUAUCGUUACCUGCUAUUGUAAAUAUUGGAGCCUUGCUAGCAUUAAUUAUGUACAUUUAUGCCAUUUUGGGAAUGUCGUCCUUUAAAAACCUGAGGGUUUCUCCCAUGAUGAAUAAUGACAUUGUCAACUUUCAAACAUUCGCUAACAGUAUUAUUUUAUUGUUCCGUUUAUCAACAUCAGCUGGCUGGAAUGAAAUCUUAGAUCCAUUAUUAAUAGAGUACCCAGAUUGUGAUCCUGAUACAAUAGAAUUAUCAAACGGACAGCGAAUAAAGCAAACAUAUGGUGAAUGUGGGAUACCAUGGCUUGCUAUACCAUAUAUGGUAACAUAUAUAUUCAUAGCCUAUCUGGUGAUUAUUAAUAUGUAUAUUGCUGUGAUUCUGGAAAAUUUUAAUCAGGCUCAUGAACAAGAGGAAGUAGGAAUAACAGAGGAUGAUUUUGAUAUGUUCUAUGUUGUAUGGGAGAGGUAUGAUCCUCUGGCAACACAGUUUAUAAAGUAUGAUGUGUUGUCAGACUUUUUAGCUGAUCUGGAAGAGCCAUUAGGAAUUCCAAAGCCCAACGAAAUAACAAUUGUUGCUUUUAAUCUUCCAAUAGUUGAGGGUGACAAACUUCAUUGCUUGGAUAUAUUAAUGGCGCUUGUGAAAAAACAUUUAGGUUCUGUGGAUGAAACAGAGGAAUCAAAAGCUCUUCAUAAGAAAAUGGAGACUAAAUUUGGAGAUAUAUUUCCAUCUCGUGUAAUGACGGUGAAAAAAUCAACGACAAUGCAGCGCAAAAAGGAAGAUGUUGCUGCAAGAACUUUACAACGAUGUUGGCGUAGCUUUAAAACACAAAAGGCACUAAAAAAUAUUACAAGCUUGGCCAUGCAACAAAAAACAGACAUUGCAAACCAAGCGUCUCAAUCCCGUGCUAACAGUAUUAUUAGUUUAGGCAGACGUUUAAGUAACGCCCUAAACACAUUCUUUCAUUCAUCAAGACCAAGUAGUGCCCUGAGCCGCGUUAGUUUAAAAAGUAACACCUCCCACCACUCCUUACAGCCAAUCAGUAAAAAGAGUAAUAUAACGAACACUUUAAAAGUGCCGUCCAUAAAUACAUUAUACUCCUCGGGGACCACGUCACCACCAGGGGAUACACAAGACUUGUAUUUAUAA